AGAUCACCGUGUUAAUAAUCACCUGAUAAUGGCACUAGUUAGUUGGAAACACAAAAAACCCUAGAAGGGGUUCUUUGUAAGAACAAUUAGCCGCCAGUUUGAUCCCUCUUUGUAUUCACCCUUCUCCUUUCUUGCAGACACUCUUUCUUCUGCUCACUUUCUCUUCCAAACACUCUAUUUUGCCAAUUUACAGAAAUGUUGUUCAAGUUUGCUACUUUACUUAUAUUUGCUCUCUGUAUCAUCAUUUUAUGUUGAUACGAGAGAUUAUAUAUGAGUAAUAGCUUCUUUUUGUGUUUUUUCCUUUAAAGUUCAAAUGGGGUUUCCUUAAGUUGAGUUUCUUGAUUUUUUGUUGGAAAAAGGUUGCAUUUUGAUAUAUUCAAGAAAUGGGUUUUUGAGUUAUCAAGAAGUGAUUAAAUUAUGUGGUUUGUAGUUCUUAUAUUAAUUGGUAUUAGAAAUUAGAAAUUGAUUAUAGGUUGCGAAGAUGUUGUCUGAAUUAGAAAGGAGACCAGUGCAUAGCGGAAAUGAAGGAUCAUUUGGGGAUGAUUUUGAGAAGGAGUUAGGUUUGUUGUUGCGCGAGCAGAGGAGGAAUCAAGACUCUGAUGACAGGGAAAGGGAACUGAAUUUGUAUAGGAGUGGUUCAGCUCCACCUACUGUGGAGGGCUCUAUGAAUGCAGUUGGUGGAUUGUAUAAUAACGGCGGUGGUGGUUCAGUGUUUUCAGAGUUUGACUUGAAUAAUAAGAGUGGGAAUGGGUUUUCCUCGGAGAAAGAGCUUAGGUCUGAUCCUUCCUAUUUGUCUUACUAUUACUCUAAUUUGAAUUUGAACCCUAGGUUGCCUCCUCCUUUGCUAUCUAAGGAGGAUUGGAGGUAUGCACAGAGGUUGCAGGGAGGAAGUUCAACUGUUGGAGGAAUUGGAGAUAGGCGUAAAGUAAAUAAAAAUGAAAACAGCAAUGGUGGCGGUGGAGUGUCACUUUAUUCGAAGCCACCUGGGUUUAAUGCCAACAAACAAAAAAGUGAGGGUGAGCUAGAAAAUCAGGCUCCUGCGGGGUGGGGAGUUGAUGGACUGAUUGGUUUGCCCGGUUUCGGAUUAGGUAGCAAAGAGAAAAGCCUUGGUGGAAUCUUUCAGGACGAUUUAGGCCGUGUCACUCCUACUUCUGGUCAUCUUUCUCGUACACCUAGUCGUAACACCUUUACUGAAAGUGUUGACACCUUAGGCAUGGCUGAAGCUGAGUUGUCUCAGUUACAACAGGAUUUGGCUUCUGCAGAUAAUAUAAGAACAUCUACAAAGGUUCAGAACUCAUCUUCUGGGCACAAUGGAGGCCCACCUUCAUCAUAUUCUUAUGCUGCUGCGCUGGGUGCUUCGUUGUCAAGAAGCACAACCCCAGAUCCCCAACACAUAGCAAGAGCUCCCAGUCCUUGUCCUACUCCGAUUGGUGGAGGGAGAGCAGGCAAUUCAGAAAGAAGGGGCUUUAGUUCAAACACAUGUAAUGAUGUCCAUUCUAACAUUAGUGAGCCGACUGAUCUAGCAACUGCUUUAUCUGGGAUGAGUCUGUCAAAUGGUGUCAUGAAUGAAGAGGACUGUUUGGCCUCACAUAUUGAACAAAUUGUUGAUGAUCAUGAAAAUUAUCUCUUUAACAUGCCAGGUGGUCAGAAUAAUGUUAAUCAGCAGUCAUACCUCAAAAAAUCUGAGCUGGGGCAGUUAAAUAUGCCUUCCCCCCACUCAACCAAACUAUCCCACUCAAUUUCUGAAAUGGGCAAUGGGGAUGGAUACGGAUACAGCAGUUCUUCCACCCAAGCUGAUCUGCAAAGAACUGCUGCUACUAGUGCUUACCAAAAAGGAUUUCCUGCUUCACUGUUUAAUGGAGGCGGGGGAUUUGGCUCUAACUAUCAGCAAACUGAUGGCACAAAUUCUUCGUUUACUAACUAUGGUGGAAGUGGGUAUCCGUUGAAUUUGCCAAUGCAGUCCAUGAUGUCAAGCCAUCUUGGAAAUAGUAAUAUGCCACCUUUAUUUGAAAAUGCUACUGCAGCAUCAGCCAUGGCUAUGCCUGGAAUGGACUCAACAAUGAUGGGUGGAACUUUUACUUCUGAAUCACAUCCAAAUUAUGCUGCAUUAGAUUCACAAAAUCUUGGUAGGAUAGGCAAUCAGAUGGCAGGCAGUGCUCUCCAGGCACCUUUUGUUGAUCCAGCUUAUCUUCAGUAUUUAAGGACAGCUGAAUAUGCAGCCCAAGCUUCUAUUAAUGAACCAUCGGUUGAAAGCAACUACCUAAAUAAUUCGUACUUGGAUCUCCUUCAAAAAGCUUAUCUCGGAUCUCUUCUCUCACCUCAGAAAUCGCAAUAUGGGAUAUCACUAGGUAGCAAAACUGCUGGUCCUCAUGGUUAUUAUGGUAACCCAGCAUAUGGAGUAGGCUUGUCUUAUCCUGGAAGCCCCUUAGCAAGUCCAGUACUUCCGCAUUCCCCUGUUGGACCUGGUAGUCCAAUCAGACAUGGUGAUGUUAAUAAGAGAUUCCAUUCUGGGAUGAGAAAUGUAGCUGGUGGUGGUAUCAUGGGACCAUGGCACUUGGAUGCUAGUAACAUGGAGCACAGCUUUGCUUCCUCUUUACUGGAAGAGUUUAAGAGCAAUAAAACUAGAUGUUUUGAACUUUUGGAUAUUACCGGUCAUGUUGUUGAGUUCAGUGCGGAUCAGUAUGGCAGCCGGUUCAUCCAACAAAAGCUUGAAACAGCUACAACGGAGGAGAAAAACAUGGUUUACCAAGAAAUAUCUCCACAAGCCUUGGCUUUGAUGACUGACGUUUUUGGUAAUUAUGUGAUCCAAAAGUUCUUCGAGCAUGGAAUGCCAUCACAAAGAAGAGAACUUGCUAACCAGCUUCUUGGAAAUGUACUAACAUUAAGUCUUCAAAUGUAUGGCUGUCGAGUAAUCCAAAAGGCAAUCGAAGUAGUUGAUUUGGACCAGAAAAUUGAAAUGGUUGGGGAGCUUGAUGGUCAUAUUAUGCGCUGUGUACGUGACCAGAACGGUAACCAUGUUAUCCAGAAGUGUAUUGAGUGUGUGCCUGAAAAUCAUAUUCAGUUCAUCAUUACCACUUUCUUUGAUCAAGUUGUAACCCUGUCUAGCCAUCCAUAUGGUUGUCGUGUAAUACAGAGGGUACUGGAGCAUUGUGAGGAUCAGAAAACACAGGAUAAGGUGAUGGAAGAGAUUCUGGCCUGUGUUAGUAUGUUGGCACAAGAUCAGUAUGGAAAUUAUGUUGUUCAGCAUGUGCUGGAGCAUGGGAAGCCCCACGAACGUUCUACUAUAAUCCGAGAGUUAGCGGGGAAGAUAGUUCAGAUGAGUCAGCAGAAAUUUGCCUCCAAUGUUGUGGAAAAGUGUUUGACCUUUGGCGAUCCUAGUGAACGCCAACUUUUGGUGACUGAGAUUCUCGGUACAACCGAUGAAAAUGAGCCUCUUCAGGCUAUGAUGAAAGACCAAUUUGCAAAUUAUGUUGUGCAAAAAGUGCUGGAAACCUGCAGUGAUCAGGAACGUGAGCUGAUUCUAUCCCGAAUUAAGGUUCAUCUGAACGCACUGAAGAAAUACACUUAUGGGAAGCAUAUUGUCGCUCGUGUAGAAAAACUUGUUGCUGCUGGGGAAAGGAGAGCUGCUCAGUCCCAACAGGCGGCGUAGAAGCGGGAUAAAUGUUGUACAGCUAACUGAGGGUAGUUUGAGCUAACCUCAUUUCCGCAUGUAGUUAGUUGUAUUGCAAAUAAAGUUGUUGCUUGUACUAGAAACUGUACAUUCUGUAGUUGUUAACGUUUAUAUACAUAGCAGAAUCUAGUAAACAGAGGCUUGGAUGUUUGAGUACAGCUGAUGCCCAUGCAGAGGAGAGAUAUAUUGACAUAUACUAGUUAAAAUGGUGUAAAAUAGAUAAAAUGUGAGGCAGUGUCUGUAUUCUCAACGAGACUGUAUAAAUGUUUUCCUGUGAAGAGUCGAAUGUUGUUUAGGUUAAACUGAAUUUCUCUAUGUAAUAGGUACUUUGACAAUUUUCUUAAGUGACAAUGCUGUUGCUCUGGCUUCAUUAUU